AUGGAGAGACGCGAGUCAAACCCUGCCGCUCCACACUACAUCAGAUCAGCUGGACAGAAACACUGCCAAAGCUGCUCUCAGGUUGUGGAGAUCACCACUAAGAUGGAAACGUCCAGUACAACACCAGACUACUAUGAAAACUUUUCUCCGGAGACGUCUGAAUCCGGGACUUGCAGCUCCAUUGACAUCAAUGAGUUUGGCAGAGCAUUUCUACCAAUGUUUUACUACAUCAUCUUUACCGUCAGCAUUCUGGGUAAUGGAGUGGUUCUGCUGGUCGUCUACAAGUUUGAGAAGAUGAACACGGUCACAAACAUCUUCCUCAUCAACCUGGUGGCUUCCAACAUCAUCUUCACCCUCACGCUCCCGUUUCAGGCGGUUUAUCACUCCAGUGAAUGGAUCUUCGGAGAGCCUCUGUGUAAGCUGGUGACCAGUGCAUACUAUCUAGGGUUCUACAGCUCCAUCCUCUUCCUCACGCUUAUGACAUUUGAUAGGUAUCUGGCUGUAGUUCAUUGUGUUGUGGCAAAUAAAAACCGCAGAAGCGUCUACGCUGCAUCGUUAUCUGUGGCCGUCUGGAUUAUCAGCCUUCUCGAAAGCCUCGAAUAUCUCAUCCGUUUCACAGUGGAAGAGUCUCAGAUGGAUGGACUGCUGUGUGAAGACUCGAAUGAAAACCAAUGGAGGACCUUCAGCUUCUACAAGCAGUUUGUGUUGUUCUUCCUCUUCCCGCUGGUUGUGUUUGUGUACUGCUACUCCAGGAUAACACUAACCAUCAUGCGCACUCGGAUGAUAGGUAAACACCGCACUGUACGCUUGAUUUUCGUUAUAGUCCUGAUGUUUUUCUUGUUCUGGAGCCCGUAUAAUAUCAUACUGAUGAUAACAGAGCAUAAGGAUCUGGAACACGAGGACUGCAACAGUGUUCUCCCCUAUGCCGUCUACAUCACCAAUAACAUCGCUCGCUUGUAUUUCUGCAUCAAUCCUGUUUUUUACACAUUUCUUGGAAGAAAGUUUCAGAAUCAUGUUCGGGGAGUGCUAAUGAGUCACACUUCAUGUCUAACCAGUCAAAUGAGUGUCAGUGGAAGCAGCAGAUCGUUGGCUUAAGAACUAAAUGACUGUGAUAUAGGUAAAGUGUUGUAGUGUCUUAAUAUAGAGCAUUCGUUUUAGUACAUGUGUUUGUAUUUUUGGUCACACGUUAGAAUAAUAGUCCAUCAGUUAAUGUUAGUUACUGACAUUAUCUUGCAAAGCAUUUAUUAAUCAGGGUGCAACAUUAAUUAAUGCAUUAUUAUUCAAAUCCAAAGUGGUGCUGCAAGUUAAUGUAAACUCGGGUUAUUAAACUUGAAUAUCAUGAGCUAACGUUAACAAAGAUGACUGAAUAGUGUAAUGAAUAUAUUACUAAUGGUUUAGUAAAUACAUUAAGUAAUGGACCAGUAUUUUAAAGUGUUACUGUAUUUUCUUUUUAAACUAGGUAAUGCUGAUUUUGCUGAUUGAUUUUUAAAAAAAUAUUGAAUAUUGUGCAAUAAUAAUAGCUCAAACUAGUAAUGUAUGGAUCAUACUGUACCUGUUAACUGCAUAAAGGUAUUAAAGAAACAUCUCAAGACGUAUUUUCCUCAUUUUAAAGUAACAGCUGAGUUGCCUGGUCUGCAAAACAAUAGUAAACUCUACUACAUUGCACUGAAUACAUGGCAACCCUGCAUGAGAAAACUAGACUUUACAUUGGUUGUUUAACUUUUGUUUUCUUGAUAAUAUGUGGAUGAAGUGUACAGCAGUGCUUUUAGUGUCUGUGUGCCUGUAAUUUCUUUUUAAUGGAAAAGGGCAAUGAAUGAGUGAAAGAGCUGAUGUUGUUGAUGUAUAUGAAAUAAAAGGAUGUGCUGUAAUAGUUGUUUGAGAUAGUCAUGUAAAGAUCAUACUAAACCUGUUAAUUACAUCACAAAUGUUUUAGAAAUGUGACAAACUGCAAAACAAGAAAAAAAGCAGGAUCUCAAUAUGCAGACCGAAUGUGUAGAACCACAAGGUUCUCUAAUCCUG